AUGCGUCCUAAAACUUCCAAACCCACCAGCGAUGAGCUGCUCGCCCAAUUCGACUCGCUCGGAGUCGACUCCGGUGACAAAUCCGACGGCGCAAAGCCGGCCAACACAACCGGCCAGUCGGAGGACAUCCUCGCCGAGUUGGACAACCUCGCCGCCCAACGCCCCAGCAGUAACACGGGGACCCCUCGUGUGUCCAUGAACGAAGCCCGUCCGUCUACCCGGUCCCCUAAGCCGCCGGCGGCGACGGCGACGACCCCCUCGACCAACCGGUCCAGCGAGGACAAGGCCGCCCCCCGCAAGUCAACGGACAGUGCCCGGACGGCUUCCCGUGCGGCCAGCAAGCCCGCCACCGCGCAGCCCGCCGAAUCCGAGAAGCCAACAGCAGAGGAGGCGGAGGCGAGCGGUGGAGGCUGGUGGGGCGGGAUCUUCGCGACGGCCAGCGCGACCAUGAAGCAGGCGGAGGCCGCCGUCAAGGAGAUCCAACACAACGAGGAGGCCCAGAAAUGGGCGCAGCAGGUCAAAGGCAACGUCGGGGCACUUCGCGAUUUGGGCGGCGAGCUUCGAGACCGGGCCAUUCCCACGUUCACCACGCUCAUCCACACGCUGGCACCCCCCAUCUCGUCCCACGAGCGUCUCCAGAUCCACGUCACGCACGAUCUCUCCGGAUACCCGAGCAUCGACCCGCUCGUCUACGCGGUCUUCUCGCGCGUCAUGGCCCAGGUCGAAGGCGGCGAGCUGCUGGUGCUGCAACGCGGGCAGGAAUCCGCCCCGAAGCGCGGUCUCGACCUCACAGGCAGCAACCGCGCCCCAGGCUGGCACGAUGGGCCUUGGUGGCGCACAGUGACACCUGGCAUGCCGCGCAGCCUGUCAUCCAUCCGCGGCGCCGCCGAGGCAUCCAAGCUGGCGCGCGCCAGCGCCGAGUCCUUCGCAACGGAGUUCUUCGCGCCCCGCGGCGGCGUCGAAGAAGCCGCCAAGCAGGCCUCCGAGGUCCUCAGCGAGACCAACCCCGUCCGCAGCAGUGACAUCUUCCUCGCCAUCCAGGCCAUCAGCCAGACCUCGUCGACGGAGCUAUUCCAGGCGGGACCCACAACGGAGAAAUCCACGCCCCCAGGCGUGGUCGACGUCCCCGACGCCACGGAGGAGGAAGUCACUUUCGCCGUGUACCUGCACGAUCCCAUCCACGGCAUCGCGUUCCACACUAUCUCGCAGAGCAUUCCUCAGAAAUGGAUCGACUGGCUAGACAAUACCACCGCCUCCUCCUCCACCGCCUCCCCGGAGACAGACGCCGACACCAACAACAACAACACAACAACACCCGCAGAAAUAGCAGACAUCAUCGAAAGCGGCGGCGUCGACCCGCGCGAGUGGGCCGCCGAGUGGAUCGAGGAGACGCUCUCGCUAGCGGUAGGCAUCAUCGCGCAGCGGUACGUGGCGCGGCGGAUGGGCGUCGGCGAGGGAGGCGCUGGGAAGGGCAAGAUGCGGGCUGAGCAGGCCUCGGUCGUGGAUAGUGGGGCGGGAGAGGUAGCGCGGGCGCUGUAA